AUGCGUACCAGGAGCUUGCUAAUUCCAGGCCUCUCUUCGUCGCGAUCUACGCCACUGUCUUCCUCGGCAUCGUCUUCUCUUCCUUAUAUGUUUUCUCCGCCGUCUACUCUGCCAAUUCAUCCUCACCAUGUGGAUCAAUCUUCCAAUUUUUCCAACCCAACACCACUAGCUGCAGGUUCAUCACCGCCGACAUCCAAGCCCCAAACCAUGCAGAUAAAACCAAUUUGGGAACCUCCCCCACGCAAUACCAAAAUGCCAUCCUUAAAGACCUUUAGACUCACAAAACAACUUGUUCAGCAAAGGGUGAAAGAUAAUGUUAUUAUAGUCACCUUUGGUAACUAUGCUUUCAUGGAUUUUAUCCUUUCCUGGGUUAAACACUUGACGGAUUUGGGCCUUUCCAACCUUCUUGUUGGUGCUAUGGACACCAAGCUGUUGGAGGCUUUGUACUGGAAAGGUAUUCCAGUUUUUGACAUGGGCAGCCACAUGAGCACUGCAGAUGUUGGGUGGGGCUCGGCGACGUUUCAUAAGAUGGGGAGAGAAAAAGUUAUUUUGAUAAACGCAAUCCUCCCUUUUGGUGUUGAGCUAUUAAUGUGUGACACAGACAUGGUCUGGUUGAAGGACCCGCUUCCAUAUCUUGCACGUUAUCCCGAAGCAGAUGUUUUGACUUCAAGUGAUCAAGUUGUACCCACAGUUGUUGAUGACAGCUUGGACAUAUGGCAACAAGUUGGUGCGGCCUAUAAUAUAGGAAUUUUCCACUGGCGGCCAACAGAUUCAUCAAAAAAAUUGGCAAAAGAAUGGAAAGAUAUGCUUCUAGCUGAUGAUAAGAUAUGGGAUCAGAAUGGAUUCAAUGAUAUUGUACGCAAGCAGUUGGGACCGUCUGUUGAUGGGUACAGUGGACUUGUAUAUGCUUUUGAUGGGAAUCUCAAACUUGGAAUUUUACCAGCAAGCAUAUUUUGCAGUGGACAUACUUAUUUUGUCCAGGCCAUGUAUCAACAAUUUAGACUGGAACCAUAUGCGGUGCAUACCACAUUCCAGUAUGCCGGUACGGAAGGGAAGAGGCAUCGAUUGCGGGAAGCCAUGGUUUUUUACGAUCCACCGGAAUACUAUGAUGCACCAGGAGGUUACAUUUCGUUCAAGCCAUCUAUUCCAAAGAGUAUGUUGCUGGAUGGGGAGCAUAACCUCGAAACACACUUUUCUCUGAUUAAUUACCAAAUAAAGCAAAUAAGGACUGCACUGGCAAUUGCUUCGUUGUUAAAUCGUACACUGGUCAUGCCUCCUCUAUGGUGCAGGCUGGAUAGACUAUGGUUUUCCCAUCCUGGAGUUCUGGUCGGAUCUAUGACCAGGCAACCUUUUCUAUGCCCUUUGGACCACGUAUUUGAGGUGAAUAACAUGUUGAAGGAGCUGCCAGAGGAGGAGUUUGGCCCUGCAAUUAAUUUCAGAGAAUACUCUUUUUUGGAUAAUCCAUCCUUGCCUAGACAUGUGAAAGAGUCAUGGCUUGAUGUUCAGCUUUGUCAAGAAGGAGCGCAAGAUUGUAGUGCAUCAAACAAGACAAGUGGGCGAGGAAUACUCAGAUUUCCAAAACGCAGCAAUGAAGACAUGGCUGGUGGGAAUAUAGUCAGACAGGAUGUAAUCUCUGAAAUAGAGGAAGCUGAUAUACCACAAAGAAGACUCACAGAUAAGCUACAGAAGAAAAUCACGGUUUCAGAAGCUUUAGCAGUUAGCACUCAUUCAAACUAG